AGUACAACUGUCAGCGUUAUGGAAAAAUCAAAGUAAAGGUUAAAACUCAAGCAUUGAAAAUGAGUGUAAGGAAAAAUGCUUUCUACAGAUGUACCGGAUGACAUCGCUGACCCAACUUGGGUGACCGACUUUUCGCUCCCCUCCUCAUCAAGAAAGAACCAAUGAAGAACCCAAAGAUACAAUUCCAACAGACUUAUGAAGACUUUCGACAAGUUCACUAGUAUAUAUCAGUGAAGAUAAUCUUGGAUUAUUUUUUUUUCAAGAAAGGUCGUAUCGGAGCAAUAUGAAACUUUCAUUCAUAUUUGAGCUCCUCUUGAUCUUCGUGCUAAUCGCUUUUGCAGCAUCUGCCGUUAUAGACUCUCAUAAUGUAAGAAGAGGUUCCCGUAAGCAAGUAGUAAAAAAGCAGGCGAGUAGGAUAAGCCAGAAGAAGAGACAAGACGCCGGCACAUCGACAAACACGAACAAAUACUGCAGCUGCUCCACUAAAUUGUGUAACUGCUGCCGGGAGUUUAACAUACCCGUGGUGUCUCUUCAAGGGCCGGGAUGCGCGUCCUUACAGUAUUUGAAAGGAGACCGUCUUUCUAUAUCUAUGAGCUUUGGCGAAAGGGUUCUAACCAAUACAACAAUCUCAAGUAAGAGGCCGGAUCCUGUUUGCAUGCCGCUGCCUGGCGGUGUUUCCAAGUUCUGCGGCAGAGUCUACAACAUACGCCGCGAGGGCGAAGACUUUAAUGCCUGCCUCGGCUUGGAGCUAAGGGCCCUGCAAGAUGUCGAAGCUGCCCUCAGAGUCUCCUGUUUCCGAUUCGGACCCCAAGGUCUACGUGUCGAACCCAGCCAACCUUUACCGGUUCUAGAAGAAGCCGAGGAUGAAGACGACGAUGACGACGAUGAUGACGACGACGACUUCGAUUUUGAUGACGACGAAGAUGAUGACGACGAUGACGAUGACGCGGAAAAUGACGUUGACGCCGCCGAUUACACUGCGUUCAGCGUGCUAGAUGACGAUUUUAUUGGCGGAUACUUCGAUGAAGAUGGUGAUGGUGAAGGUGAGAGUGAAACUUUCGACGAAGUCGAAGAAGUCGAGGUUGAAACACCAAAACCAACGAAAAAACCGGUUGCAUCGACCACCAAAGUACCGUUAAGAAGAAAAGUCGUGCCACUAACGCAGGCCCCUCAAGCAGCAGCCAAAAAACCCGCCAUAAGGAAACCCGUUUCCAAACCAAAACCUAAGCCAGUUAGAGCUAAAGUUACCACCAGAAAACCCACUACAACCACAACAACAACCACUACCACCACCACUACAACAACACAAGCUCCAAUAACGAUAACGGAAACUCCGAUGGACAAAAUGCCCGAUGUUUCCCUUAACACGAUUAGCACCGCUGAUAUUCCAAGUCCACAGCACGAAUCUAUCGGAGCUGUAGCUGCAAUGUUGGACAUCCCGAUGGUCAAGGAAAAAAUGGAGCCACAAGAAAAGCCGAUGUUACCAUCUCCUGUUAAAAUUACCAGCGCUCCAAUGGAUACAUCUGCAUCGUCCAUGAUGGAAACAGUUCAAACCGAACAAACUAUGAUGUUGAACAAAGCCACCACGCAGGAAAUAAAACAAGAAACAACCACGACAAACAUUGAAACCACCACGAUGCAAAUGGAUGGUGAAAAAACUGAGCCAUCUUUCAUCUUGAAGGAAGGUGAAUCGGAUGAAAGUGAGGAAGAUAGCGAUCCGGUUUCUGACGUGGUUGAGGAUGUUUUAAACGAUGACGAUGAUUCAUCGGAAAGCGCCGAGUCAACGGAAAAAUCCUCCAAUAAAGUAAUGGAUGAAACUACCAACUCAACAAAAGUAACUGAUAAAAAGGAAUCUAAAGAUGUUGUUGAUGAUAUAGUCGAUGGUGUUAUUAAUACGUUUACUUUGAAUGAGGAGGAAUCAGGUGAAUCAAACAAGGCUGAACCUGAGAAACAAGAAGAAGAUGAUGACGAUGAAGACGAUGACGAUGACGAUUUGUUGGGGGAUGAUGAUGAUGACAAUGACGAUGAUGACGAUGACGACGAAGAAAGCAGGAAACUUAAAAAAUCCGAUAAACCAGUUAGCGCAGCUAGAUUUCGUGGAAGACAAAGCAAAGUUAUGAGGUUGGACAGGUUACAUUGGUAGAAAGAUUAGAGUAAAUAGACUAUUUUGGUUUUAAAAGAAAAUCGUGGACAGAAUAAUAUGGAUUUCCCAAAGAACUAGAAGAAAAUUUAAUUGGUAUUAUUAUGGCCGCGCUUUUGACUAUUUAUUUAUUUAUUGUUAUUUAUUAAUAUUUAUUUUAAUCUUGUACAUAAAUUUGUAUGUAAAGAAAUUUGCUCAUUUUUUGUAAUACUCAGUAUUAGGUAAAAUAAUUUUCAAAUAUAUUUGUUGGUUUGUUUUUUUAAGUCAUAAAAAAAGAAAUUUCUCUUUUAGUAAGCCACGGAAGUAUUUAGUGAAAGCAAGUUCAUUUACUUAGGUGUGUAGGUAAGUUGGGUCUGGGUCCCGAACAAUGUCAAGGUCAUGACUCGACUCGAAGAGAAGAAAUAAAUCAAUAAAUUAAUGAA